AUGAAGUUCACUACUCUCACCUCUCUCGCACUCUUUGCUGCCGGUGCCCUCGCAGACACGGUAGCAUACGACGAAACCUACGACGUAGGCUCCAACUCACUAGACAUUGUUGCCUGCUCCGAUGGGGUCAACGGGCUCGAAACGCGCUUCGGAUUCAAGAAGUUCUCUGACAUCCCGAAGUUCCCCUUCAUUGGGGCGGUCGGUGCCGUCGAAGGCUGGAACUCUGCCCAUUGCGGCGAAUGCUGGCAGCUGACCUAUACUCCCGCCAGCGGGGCAAAGAAGACGAUCAACGUCCUCGCUGUCGACCACGCUGCGCCGGGGACCUUCAAUGUUGCCCUUUCGGCCAUGAAUGCACUCACAAACAACCAGGCAAAGCAACUGGGUCGGGUUAAUGUCGCAGCAACUAAGGUUGCCUCGUCCGUUUGUGGACUGUAG